AGAAAAACUAUUUCCAUCGCCCUGCUCGACUGUAGGAAACGGAGAAUAUUCUAACUAAUAACUAAUCGCUUAUAUUUAAAAGCGAUGUCCCUACCGAGCACUUUCACCUCUGAGGAAGCGUACUUUAAAGCUGCUGUGGAUUUUUUACGUAGCUACGCUUGGAUAUACCGCGAGGCAAAUACAGCCUGCAUUAAAUCUCUAGAUGCUAUGCCUGUUCAAUUUAAGGACUAUUUUCUGGAACUAACAAACAAAGAGCUCAACACAUUCCCGUUUGUUCACGAACACUUAGAUGGUUGCCCCACUGAGGUGUUACGCUUUCGUGAACAAGUCGCCCAUUUAACACCCAGCAUUCAAACAGCUCCGACAACUGCCUGCAAGGCAUUAACGAAUGAUCAAUCGAAUCAUUCUCGCAGAAUGGCACCCAAAAAACAGCAUGAAAUUCAAGAAUUGGCUGCCAACAUUCACGAACACUGCGCAGACAGGACACAGCUCAUCAUCGACCUGGGCUCCGGUUUGGGCUACCUCAGCGAGGCACUGUUUAAGUUGAAUGACAACUAUAUGAUACUUGGCCUGGAGGCAGAUGAGAAGAGAGUUCGAUCUGCUCGCAUACGUAGUCAGCAAUUGCUUUCGCCGGAGACGCAUUUGUCGAUUAGCUACCAGCAGCUGUUUGUAACAGCAGCUGAAAACUGCCGUAGUCAAAUCGAGCAAUUCGCCACUGAGUUGGCCCGAAGCAAAGGACUAACAACAAAGACAGCAACAACAACAGAAUUAAGCACAACGUUAAUUGGCUUGCAUGCGUGUGCGGAUUUAAGCAUCAACGCAAUGCUAUUAUUCUUAUCAAUACCACAAGUGCAGUGUCUACACAUCAUGCCAUGCUGUUAUCACAAGCUCGCCUUGACGGAACGGGGCACAUUUCAAAACUUUCCCCUCAGCCGCGCACUGAGGUCGGCAAUGUCAGCUGAUGAGGCACUCAGCUUUAAUCGACCCUUCAUGCGUUUGGCCUGCCAGCAAACAAAUUCGCGUUGGCGUUGCGAUGCUCUCAAACACACACAGCAUGGAACUCAGAUGUGGACGCGUGCCUUGGCCUCAGCUCUUUGCGAUGCGAAUGAGCUGGUAAAAGUGAAGCGCUACAACCUGGCUCAAAAUGACUCUAUCCAGAACAACCCUCUGUAUGAAUAUGUUCAGCAGAGAUUUCAGCUGCACUCCCAACAAACAGGAGAUCCUUUGGACUGGCGAGCUGUUCAUGAGCAACGUUUUGCCGAACUAACCGGGAGGUAUUCAGACGGAAAGGGUGCUCGUCUAGCUGAGGCCUUGUGCUGCUUGCAGGCUACCAUACAGCAACUCUGCGAGAAUGUGGUGCUUUAUGACCGUUUGUGCUACCUUCAGGAAUUGGCUGCAGUGCAGCAUCUCUCUGUGGAAGUGCGCUACGAGAAACUGUUUGAUGAAAAGCUAUCGCCGCGCUGUCGAGUCCUGAUUGCCGAAAAGUUGUGAUGCGGGUGCCGGCCAGGCUGGCUCGAACGAGAGAACGUUCCUGUAUGUCGUUAACACAAUUAGCAAGCACUUCGCCAGUGGCUUAAAAUGCUGUUUAGAUACUUAUACCGAGGCACCUUGGCAUCCACCGCUAUCCGUUGGCAUCAAUUAAAAUCAAUGCCAGCUAAGGGAAAAACUUUGUGUUGCGUCGAGAAAGAGAAGCUCUUUUUUCUUUCCAUUUUACAAUUUGCUGCUUAAGAAAAGCAUUUUAGCUAGUAAGUGCUCUUUUUGCUCAUUACUUGUUUAUCAGUGCGGGCCUCGCUAUUGUAAUUAAAUUUCUUCCAUACACACAUACAUCUAUCUACAAGCAAUUG